ACAAUUUUAUGAAUUCGUGAGGAUUAAAGUUUAUAGGUUCGCUAUGUUAUCAAGAUUCAAGGAAAUUCUUAUAGACGUCCAACAUGUAAGAUAUUUUAGAAACAUUAAUUUUAAGUAAAGUGGUAUCUGCUUAAUAACAUACUGUGUUCCGUAUUAAAUUUGUGGGUUAAGCAAAACCACUAUUGAUAUGUCUGAUAAUAAUUUAACACCUACCACUGGUGUAGACGAGCAAGAACCAGAACUACAGACAUGGAUACGGUCUGAUUGUGGUAUAAAAGAUGUAUGGGCUCAUAAUUUAGAAGAAGAAUUUGCGUCGAUACGAAAGUUACUUCCAAAAUAUUGUUAUGUAGCUAUGGACACAGAAUUUCCUGGAGUUGUAGCCCGACCAAUCGGCGAUUUCAAAACAGCUGCUGAUUAUCUAUAUCAGUUGUUGCGAUGUAAUGUUGAUCUUUUGAGGAUCAUUCAAUUGGGGCUUUCAUUUUUUGAUGAAGAUGGUCAGACGCCCACUGGUCAAUAUACGACAUGGCAGUUCAAUUUUAAAUUUAAUUUGUCAGAAGACAUGUACGCCCAAGACAGUAUAGAAUUAUUGACRAAUUCCAGAAUCCAAUUUAAAAAUCAUGAAGAGAAUGGAAUCGAACCAAUAGUUUUUGCUGAAUUUAUAAUAACAUCUGGCUUAGUAUUGAUGGAUAAUCUAAAAUGGAUGACAUUCCACAGUAGUUUUGAUUUUGGUUACUUAGUUAAAGUGUUGACUGAUGAAAAACUUCCUCAGGAAGAGUCAGAGUUUUUUGAAAUGUUUUCUCUUUACUUUCCAUGUGUGUAUGACAUUAAGUACCURAUGAAGAGCUGCAAAAACUUAAAGGGUGGUCUGCAAGAAGUGGCUGAUCAGCUUGAAUUAAARCGCAUUGGACCUCAACACCAGGCUGGUAGUGAUUCUUUAUUAACGGGCAUGGCUUUUUUCAAAAUUAGAGAUAUGUAUUUUGAGGGAAUGAUAGACAGUAAAAAAUACUGUGGUCAUCUAUAUGGGUUGGGAAUCACCACUUUGAAUAAUGGUCAAUUUCGUUAUGAUGGCGAAGUGCCAUUUAAUUUGUAAAAAAAAAAAUUAUGUCAAAAAAAUUAGAUAGAUAUUUGUUUUGUUCCUUUGGUCAUAGAUUUUUUUUAUGACCAUCUAUUAAUAAUGAUACCAAUAUUGUAAGUUUCAAUUUGAAAUAUCCAAAGAAAAUGUUUAAUUUGCAAUUUAUUUUGUAUAAUCCUUGUUCACCAACUUUAAAUUAAGUUUAAGA